UAAAGACACGGAAAACCGCGCCUGAAACGCUGAAAGCAGCCAAACGAAACGGCUUUUCUUCUCCUUCAAGUUUUCCGAGUCCAAAACCUCCCAGUUCGACUGGUUUUGAUUUGAUUCGAGCCGCGUAACUAAUAAUCGAAUCCGCUUUCGACUUCGGCGGCAGAAUCAACCUCUUCUCCACCUCCUGGUCCACUUGACAGUUUCGGGUUUCGCUUUCUAACGUCUACUGCCCGUCCGCCGCGUAGAACUGGUCGUUCUCUGUUUUCUGUCGCCGUCGUCAUCUCUGUAAUCGUUUCCGUCAGAAGACAAACGGAGGUAUCAGAUGUUUCUCCAAGACAGUUACUCUAAUGGAAGUUACAGUAUUUCCUUCCCUUCGUCUCAGAGAGAUGUGAAUUACAGCUGUGGUUCCUGUGGAUAUUCCCUGAACCUGAGCUCCUCCAAUCGGAACACCUCAAAAAUAGGAUCAAAAUAUGGGAAAUCCAUAAAGAGGGGGAUCAUAUCAUUCUUCUCAAUUGAUGAGAGCAGAUUUACUCAGGUUGACGAGCUCCGAUGCAUGCCCUACUAUAUCUCCAAGCACUCAUGGGGUUUUCUCCGGCGAAGAACCAAGCUCCUCUGUCGUAAAUGUGGGAGCCUUGUUGGUCAUGCUUAUGAAGACAAUGCUUUCUCUUACCCAUCUGUACCAGAUGGAUCAGAUUCAAGCUCAGGGUAUGGGAUGUCCUUCUGUAGAAAGUAUGAUGUCAAAAUUCGUUCCCUGCAGCCUUCCUCCUCUGAAGAAUCAGGUGUUCCUCUUUUCACAUGAUGCAGAAGAGCGUCUCUGUCAUAUAUCCAUGUUUUGGAUAAAGAUCCUUCAACCAGGCAAGCAAUUGAAGAUUGUAGAGAUGCCACAUCUAGUUUAUUUUAGUCUCCUGAUUGCUGUUGUCACAUAAAAGGCACCCUUGGGGUGGAUCUAGUGCACUGGCAAGGUUCUGUUUGGGAUGAAAUCCUUAAUGGGCAUCAGCCAGGAGUAGAGGUGUGCAUCGGUGUUUGUACUUGGUGUACUUGUAUGUUGAAUGUCAUCAGCAGAAAGAAUAGCAAGCAUUGGACAAAUCUUUUUCAAUCAAAUGGGUGGUGGUAAGGGCUUUUGUUGUAGUUGAACUUCUUUUGACAAUCAUGUGAGUGUGUUAUGUACAGACAUUCAAAAUCUUAAAAGUUCUGCUUUUAUGUCCAUCUUAUAAAUGAUUUAAGAGAAGAUAGGAGAAAUUGAAGGCA